AGCUCGUGAAACUCGGACCGGGGGCCUUUUCUGACGGCCUUUUCCUCUAAUACCACAUCGCGUCUCUUUGCAGUGAGGCCUCUGUCUGUCUUUCGCUUUUCUCUCCUGUUGGUAUUGUUUAAUCCUCUUUUGGCACAAGCCAUACCUCGAUUUUUUUUUCUCUUAGCAUUGCCUGGUAAAAGGGUAUUUGCACCAGGACGAAGCGGCGCACCACCUCACACUCUCUAUAUCGCUGCCUUGUCCGACGAAAUUACAAGAACCACCCCGCGCAUACUUAGUUCUUGGAUCUAAUCCUACCUUGUCUAUACAUACACUCAUCGAACUGGCGGUGGCCUAGAGGGAUUGGCCUCCAUUGCCCCAGCUGCUGCAGACGACGCCUGCUGGUUUCGUAUUUUGUUAUAAAGAGGCUACUGGCCGUCCCGCCGGAACUGGCAGCAACAUCUACCUACGGUCGCAACUACAACUCUCACCAUGGCCGAAACCAGCGAGGCAGACGCCGCGCGUCGCUCUUCUGUUGACCUGACGGACCCCGUGGACAACUUUGAAGACUCCGACUGCGCAUUCUCAGACGACGACGUAGGCCUGGGCAUAGAUAUGGAUUUUGCUCUUGGCAUGCCAUCCGUGGAAGAAGACAUGCAGGAUAACGAAAGACGCAUCUUUACGCCUCCCCCACGAAUCGCCGCUCGCUUCUACCGACCCUCGCAAACACGCCGCAGGGAUUCAGCUGCCUCAUCGCGCCGCAACUCCAUGUCUUCCGCCCACUCCCGCUGCUCAUCCAUCCAGCCCACCAGCCGCCGCAACAGCGACCAGAGCAAAUAUAAUGCACAGCAUGUACGACGCACAAACUUCCUAGAGGACCGCCGGGCCCGGCUAGCUGAUAGGGCUGCUCAUGCUGAAAAGGUUCGAUUGAGGGCUGCUUUGGCCAAGGCGGCUCCUCGUGGACAAACCGCCUCGGAGGAACGUGCGUUGGCGGCGCAACAGGCACGACAGCGCAACUUGGCUGAAAUCGUGGCCAACUGCGCCGAAGAGGUCAAAAAGGCCAAGCUGGUUGCCGAGUCAACAAAGGAGCGCCGCGAGCAAGAAAUUGCAAAGAUGAAGGCGCAGAUGGAGGAGCGCAUGGCUGAAGCGCAGAAACGGCGAGAGGAGCUUCUAAACAAAUCCGCAGUGAAGCGCGCCAGGGGCCAGAGCGUCGUUGCUAAGAAGUCUUCUGCCGAGGCACUGCCCCUUGCAAAGGAUGUGGCUCUACGUCCGGCGUUGAGUGACGACGAGGCAGCCACCAAGAUCCAGACCUGGUGGCGCGGAUGUGCGAGAAAGAAGACUAUCCAACAGUUUUACGCCCUUGGCCUCAGUGUUGACGGGAUACGAGAUACAUCCUUUGACGCUGUUGUCAAUCUACUCGCUCAGCCACACGUCGUGCUCAUUACAUCACAGCUUCUGAGGAUUUGUGGCCUCCAGGAGGGCGAACCAGGCUCUGUCGAGGAGAUGGCUGCGGUUCGCACCUUUUUGAGCGCAUUUCUCAUUCUUGGGCAUCCUAACCAGGUGCUAAAUAACGUUGAUGAAGGGGCCGAAGCUAAAGAUGAGGAAGCGCUAUUUGCCGGCCAUCGACUGCCCGCGACAGACUUGAAUAACCCUCAGCUGCAGGACUUGGUCGAUAAGGCAAAGGAUGUCUUGAUCUCCUUUGAAAAUAUUCUGGCUUGGCUGACGCCAGCUAACCGGUACACCAUGCCCCCUUCACUGCAGACGACCUUUCCACAGGCAUACUCGGCGUUUUACAAUGCGUUUAUAGCUUGGAAGUCCAGAGACUCGGACGCCCUUAUUGAAGUAAUGUUGAUGCAGAUUGUGGAAUUGGAUGCCAUCUUCCAUACUGUCAAGGAGACUACGGACGAAGCGGCCGCGGCGCUCUAUCAACAGAGCAUCCAAGACAGCCAGCUUAUGCUAAUUGUUAGGAUAAAGCAGCUGGCGGGUGCGGAGAAGGGAAGGAAGAUGAUUUUCCAGGCAAUAUGUGAAGCCAGAAAAUCACGUAGGGUCAAGAAACUCGGCGAUACCAAGCCCCGAGUUGCUGACAGCGAAAAUGCGUCUGGAGAUGCUCAAGCGACAGCAGCUAGCAACUUUGUUUCGUCGGAUUCACAAAUGCUUACUCCUCCGUCAACACCAGCUAGCAAGAGUCAGGCCAGAGCAACAACAACAACUAAGACGGGGCUUAACGGACUGAUUCCAGACAAUCGCGUCAUUGUACACGAGCUGGCCAUUAACAAGAGGUACCAAAUUCCAGCCGAGGAAUAUGUAGAGAAGCAGGCCGUCGUUUCCCGGCCACUGUACGCUCAUAUGAGGGCUGCUAUGGACGAUGCCCCUGAGGAGGCGAACUUCCGUUUGUUCAUGCUCAGGGCCGGCCACAUCAAGGACCGGCUCCAGCGACCCUUGAAGGAGGGAAACCCCAUGUACAACCUGAUUGGCGAAAUCUUGGACGUGGAAAUUGCGCACAAGCAGUUUGAAAUGGGGAGCUUUUCAUACGAAAAGUUCUUCUCGGCCAUGGCGUCCCUUCUGCCCAAGCUCUGCGCGCCAUUCCGGGAUGACCAGCUCAAGGAUCUGGUCCAAAACAGACUGAGCAACGGCAGCGUGAUUGACAAGAUUGAAGCUCUGGAUCAUUUUGUCGAUGUUUUGCUUUGCGACUACAUAAAUUACCUGCUUAAGGCGGCGGCCCCAUCGCUGAUUGAGUCAGCUGCUACGUAUGAGUCUAAACGAUUCGCUGAGGAGCAAGGAGACAAGCGGGAUGAUCUACCGGUUGCCGAAGCAGCAUGGCGGUCGGCAAGGGCCAAGGUAAUGGCUGAGGUUCAGAAACGGGACGUCGAGGGCAUCAACCACCCCAAGUCACGACCAACUGCCUCCAAGAUUUAUGCUCAGAUGCUUGUGGAUGUCUUUACACAACCUACCCCUGUUGGCCCGGAGCAGAUUCCAGAGAUGCUGCGCCUUGACCAGGCCCGCAUCAACCAGGUGUCGAUCAUGAUUCAGCGAAUCAUUACUGCUGGUGCCGUGCUGCUGCAAUGCAAGAAUCUCAUGAAACGAGAUGUACGUUCAGCGUGGAAGACGGAAGCGGCUCGUGUCAUGGCUGUCCUCGAGGCUAAUCACGCAUCGGUGGACACGGCGGUUGACGGUGUCAUGGCUGCUCUGGAGGCGGGCCGCUCUAUGCCCCUUCCCACCAAGACUCACCUGCGUGCUUUGGUGACCAAGGUGUUGACGGCGAGUCGGGAGAUGUCUGCCCGAUCUACGGAGCCGCGCGACCCAGUCCUACGACUCCUUCUCACUCGUUUACGAGGCAAUAUCCUGGCUCGUCUUGCAUCCGGAUCGGCGAGUGAAAAGGUCAAGGCUGCCAACACUGCGGGCGAGAAGCUGGCCAGUCUUGGACUGUCCGAGUUUGUUGAGAAUGUUAGGCAAAUGUCUGACUUGCUGGACAAGGUUGGAGCGGUUGAUCGAGCAGCUCACAGCCAGUGGUGGGAUGCUGUUGCGGCCAAAGUACAGCAGGAAGAGUCAAAUGCUUGAAUUGCAUUGUCAUCUAUACCAAUGCUAUACCCCGUAUCUAGCCUCGCCUUGUUGCUAGAGGAUAGAUGAAUCAGGGCGCUUGCCUAGUCUCUGCCUUUUGUCUUCCUUUUGCAUUGUUCUUCAUUUAUCAUACUCUCUCUUUUGUUCUCUCUUUGUUCUCCCCAUUUUCCUAGUUGAGAUUCUUGGAGACUGAGGCUCUUGAGUAGAGCUUUCUACAACACGGCGUUUUACGGGAAACACUACCUUAUCAUCAUAUGCUUACUUGUUUGUGUGCACAUCUUUAACUGAGGAGCCAUUCUGGGUAGAGCAGGUGCUUAGCAGCGUCUUUUGAUGGUACUUUUUCUUUUUUCUCAUUAUCAUUUUGUUUCUUCCAUGUUAUUUUCAAGCGCAUCAUCAUUUUUUUUUUACUUGAUUUGAUAUGGGUUCCUUUGAGAGCGAUCUUCUGGUUUUGUCAUGUUUAAUAUAGGUAUAGGUAUAUGCUUGCGAGAGGACAGCGU